AGAAACUUUAGUCCUCUCAAACUGUCACCUGCCAAACCCAACCCCACCCCCCCCCCCCCCCAAUCUCAACCGCAGGCCACCAAUGGCUGCUGUUUCAGCCUUCACCCCAAUCAUCCGCACAACUCCAUCUCCAUCUUUCACAACACCCACAUCACCACUCUUCACAAAAACACCAAAACUCAAACCUUUACCAUUAACCCACCAUUCUUCACCCCCAAUCGCCGCACUCUCCGACCCAUUCGUCCUCCAAAUCGCAGAAUCUUUAGAAGACUCCAUACCCUCUUCACCAACCCUCGAAAAGCUUCGAUCUUUUUCCUCCGAAUCCCUUCUUUCCACCCCUUGGCCUUCAAGAAAAGACGAACCUUUUAGGUUCACUGACACCUCAUUCAUCAAGCAGUCAGAGAUCAUCCCCGUUUCAUCUCCCCCACAACAAUCUUUGAACAAUUUGACUCUUUUUGACGACACCCACGUGCUGAAUUUGACUAUAAUUGAUGGGUAUGUAAUGGGUUCCUUAUCACAAUUGUCAGGUUUGCCAGAUGGGGUGUUUGUUGGGAGCUUGUGUGACAUCAAUUCAGAUGAAAUUACCAAAAGGGUACUUGAGUUUUUGCCUGUUUCUGAACCAGGGGACUUGUUUUGGUCACUUAAUGGAGUUGGGUCACCUGAUUUGGUUGUGGUUUAUGUGCCUGAAGGGUGUAAGAUUGAGGGGUGUUUGCAUUUGAGGUACUUUUCUAGUGAAGGGGGUGUUAAGGGUUCGAAAAAGUUGCCGGUUUCGAAUCCGAGGGUUUUAGUGGUGGUGGAGAAAGGUGGGGAGGUGGGGAUAGUUGAGGAGUAUAUGGGUGGGGAUGGGGAUGGGGAGUUGAGUUAUUGGACAAAUGCAGUUAUGGAAGUUGUGAUUGGGGAAGAAGCUAAAGUUAGUCAUUCUUAUAUUCAGACUCAGUCUUUGAGCUCUGCUCAUAUCAAGUGGACCUCCAUUAGACAGGAAAAGUCGAGUUCUUAUGAGCUAGUAGAGGUAAGCACGGGUGGAAAAUUAAGCCGACACAAUGUUCAUGUGCAACAAGUUGGGUCAGACACGAUAACAGGAUUAUCAACAUUUCACUUAUCGGGAAACGAUCAAACACAAGAUCUACAUAGCAAAAUCGUGUUGGAUCAUCCACGAGGGUUUUCUAGACAACUUCACAAGUGCAUUGUGGCUCAUUCACUUGGUCAAGCCGUUUUUGAUGGCAACAUAAAAGUCAACAGAUUUGCGCAACAGACGGAUGCAGGGCAACUAACAAGGAGCCUAAUUCUUGAACCGCGUGCAACGGUUAAUGUGAAGCCGAAUUUACAGAUAGUUGCAGAUGAUGUGAAGUGUUCUCAUGGAGCUGCAAUAUGUGAUUUGGAAGAGGACCAAUUGUUUUAUCUUCAAGCAAGAGGUAUUGAUCUCAAAACGGCCAGAAAAGCGCUGAUUGUUUCGUUUGGGGCCGAGGUUAUCGAACGGUUUCCGUCCGGUGAUCUUAGAAAGAAGGUGGAACUUCAUGUAAAGAAGUUGCUUGAUCCUGAAGGCCAUGUAGAAAAUUCAAUGUAAGAAUGCUGUCAAUCCCAAUAUUCCGUAGGUGUUGAUUCUCCGUCAAACGAUGUAUUGAUUGUGCAAGCAGUGGCGGCGAAACUUGAAAAUUUUCACCGUUGGGUCGGAAGUAACCGAACCUAAAAUUUCUAUAUAAGUAAUAUUUUUUUUAUAAAACUGUGGGGGUCGAAAACGUAUA